AUGGAAAUAUCCACGAGCUAUCUACUCUACAUAAGCGGAGAUUGGAACGUGAAGAUCGGAAAAGGGACCAAAGAACUGAGCUUCAUGGGUACCCAUGGGAGAGGUUGGAGGAACAUGUCUGGAGCAACUAUGGCCAACUUUGCGAACAAUAAAAAAUUAUUCAUUUGCAACACAGCAUUCCAACACACUGCAAGGCAUAUCACGACCUGGAUCGGAGAGCGCAGAAACUCAGACGGACAUUCAAUCAAAAUAUACAACAAAAUUGACGACAUACUUUCCCGACAAUCACAGAAAGCUUUACUCUGUGACGCCAGAACAUAUAGAGGAACGCUAACAUCGAGUGACCAUAAACUAUUGGUAAUCAAACUUUUCCUAAAGAGAAGAUUUUGGAUUAACAGAGUCAAAAACAAACACAGAGAAGCCAGAUUUGCAGUCGAACUCUUAAGAAACUAUCCUGUCUACAGAAAUAACUACUCAGCUAAAAUAUCACAAACCAUAGAAUCGAUAAAUCUCAAUUUACCUGCUGAAAGUAUGUGGAAUAAACUCAAAAACAAAAUAAAAUCAGUGGCGAAACAUACGAUUGGACAAUUCCCAAAACCUUCAAAGGAAUACACGACCCUCUCUCAUAUACAAAAGGAUCUACGUAUCAAACACAUAAAUACCCAAAACCAAGUGAAAGCAGCUGAGUUCAAAAUUCAAAGAAACAAAAUCAUGCGAGAAAUCAAGAAAAAAUGUCAGAAAAACUACGAAACAAGGCUACAAAACCUUGCAAAUGAAGUGGGGAAGUACAAAAACGAAUCGCAAAUGUUUGCAUCUGUAAAGAUGCUAGCGCGAAAGAAGAAAUCGGAAAACCUAACAAUUCAUGAUGAACUCGGAAGAACUAUUUACUACAACUAG